AAAAAAACACACAUACACAUACACAUACACAUACACAUACACACCCACACCCACACCCACACCCACUCUCACUCACACUCACUGCAAGACUCUUGUGUACUCCCUAAAAAACACUCUUCUUUGGCGGUGAACGUAACCAAUUCACAAUUUCCUCCUUUUGGCUUAUUAUCAAAGGAGUCCUUGUGUUGUCUAUCUUUGACUAGCAUCCAUGAGUAGAAGUGUGGGGCUUCAUGAUCAUUAUCUGAAUUCUGGAGUCCCGGAUGAAAUUGCUGAGAAUUUGGUAGAGUUUUUUCCAAACGAUGAUGGUCUUAGUUAUGAAGAGGUUCUGUUGCAACAGGCAAGCAUGUAUCAGUCAUUUCAAGAACGUGACAAGAACAAACGUGCCAUUACCUAUGAUGAUGAUGAUAUAAAUGAUUGGGGUCAUCUUUUGGAAGAUGAAGGUGAAGCGUCUAGGAAUGAAGCUGCCAUGACACAGGAAGCGAUAGAUGAAGCUUUGGCUAGAUCUUUACAGGAAUUAGGGGAGGGUUUUGAUGAUCUUCUCAUAUCCGAACAUAGUGGCAGCACAAGUGGUAGUACAGAAAGUUCUAUAGAAACUCCGAGGGCACAGGCUGCAAGCUUGAUUUCAGUAGAAGAUUCCAUUGAUACUGAUGGUAUGCAAUAUGAGGAAUUGCUACAUUUGGUCGAAGCCCUUGGCAGUGAAAGCAGAGGAAUAUCAGCCUCCCGCAUUUCCCAGUUACCAACUUGCAAGUACAGGUCCGGAUUAUUUUCAAAGAACAAGAAAAAGGAAGAAAGCUGUGUCGUAUGUCAAAUGGAUUUCAACUUUGGAGACCGGUUGAUCACGUUGCCUUGCUCACACCAAUAUCAUACAAAAUGCAUCACUGACUGGUUGAAGUUAAGGAAGAACUGCCCUAUAUGUCAGAAGGAGGUGGUUUAAGCCUUCAAGAACUCAAAGGAAGGAAAAAAGCUUCUUGUGGAGAUGUUGCGGCAAAAGUUUAUUGUUAUAUAGAUAUAAUAUUAAAUAAUAAUAAUAGAGAUAUAUGUUAUGUUUUGUGGGUUGUUUAUCUUCUCAGUUGCUAUAUUUUUUUUAUGGUAGUUAUCAUUGUAAGGAUAUCAUUUAUCGGAAACUUUUUAUCUGAA